AUGUAUGCCUUGUUGAUAGGAAAGCCUUUCUUUGUUGGAAAGAAUCCACAAGAGGAUUUGGGGUACCUGGAGAUUAAAUAUCCUAGAAGCGUAGGGAUUAUAGAGCUCACGGAGAUGGGAGAGAGCCUCUGGCUCAAGGUUGUGCAAGAUCCAGAAGACUUCAGAAAGGCUGAGGAUAAGAGAGAACAUGGGUUCCAAUCUGGCCAGUUUGAUGGCAGUAGUAAUGAUUCAUUUGAUUUGUUUAUGUUGGAUGUUGUGGGGCCGAAUGAGAGUCGAUGUGUUCCAGAUGUGGGUAGUGAGGCAACUGUGAGAAUUGGGAGUGAUGUUUGCCACCAUUUAUUAAUUUGGAAGCUUGAUCGAACGGAGUCCACAACGUUGAAGGAAAUGGCUGAUCUUAAUGAAAUUCGUAGAAUGUAUGACAUAGUGGAUGAAAAUGGCGAUGGAGAGGUGAGCGUGAGUGAGAUAUGUGGCUUCAUGAAUAAGCUCAGAAUACAAAUCUCAGAAGAAGAUGUGAGAUUUAUGCUCAGCACUUCUCUUCAAGAGGAUUGUAGUGGCCUGCGAUUUGAACAAUUUGUUGAGGUAUAUCAAUCCAUUCUUAACAAUAAAGACGAUAAAGCGAGAGAUGAAUCAGAAGAUUUGAUGCAAGCAUUCAGUGUAUUUGAUGAGAAUAAAGAUGGAUACAUAACUUCAGAGGAGCUGCAACAUGUCUUGUCCACCAUGGGAUUGAUUCCGUGGAGCCAAGACCUGCAACAGUGCGAGCAAAUGAUAUGUCGAUUUGAUUUGGACCGCAAUGGAGUGUUGGACUUCGCUGAAUUCAAAAAUAUGAUGUCUUCGACUGAGGCUUCUACAUGA